AUGUUUGGAUUUAAUGUGAAUAAACUGAAGCCUAAUCUUAAGAUGGCGGUACAUCGCAUUGGUAUUGUCAAGAAUAAAAAAGCAAACGCAGCACUAGUGAAAAGGCGACAAGUUGCACGGUUAUUAGGAGACGGUAAAGUAGAAAAAGCGCGAAUUGAAGUGGAAGGAAUUAUCCGUGAUGAUUUUACAAUGGAAGGCUAUGAGAUUCUGGAACUACUGUGUGAACUUCUGGCCGAGCGAGCGAACCUCGUCAAGACAGAUCCUGAAUGCCCGUAUGACAUGCGCGAGGCUGUAUGCACGCUUAUCUGGUCAGCAAGUCGCACGGAGAUUCCGGAGUUGACGGAAGUCAAGAAACAACUUACCAAAAAGUACGGACAGGAUUUUGAGGCGGCAGCUAUUCGCAAUGUGGACGGAUGCGUGAACGAGCGCGUGAUGCAGAAACUUAGUGUGCGACCACCGAGCGCGUUUCUCGUGGUCAACUACAUGAAAGAGAUUGCCAAAGAGUUCAAGAUCGACUGGAAGCCCGACGAAGCUCAAGUGACGGACCCGCUGGCUCCGAUUCCGGCACCGACAGGUACCACCGUCAUGAGUGCCAGCGUCUCUGGACCAGAUUUUGCUGCACUUUAUACAUCGAACUCUCUACCUAGUACUAGCCCGUCUUAUUUGCCUAAAGCUACUGGCCAUACUAGCAUGGAAGAUGCUGCUGCUCCGGCAUUGCUUCAGUCGUCCCUGUCAAGGCGGACAGUGGACGCCUACACGAAUCAGCCAAUGCACUAUUACUCUACAAGAUCGUCGCAGUCAGAUCCAUUCCAGCAGUACGAUGACGUUCACGCAGAAUCAACGGAACCGGCCCCAGCAGCAUUGCAACAACACGAAGUUCUUCCUCCUUUUGGCACUCCAGCUUUGUCAGCCGUAGUCCCACCAAGCAACGAAGACAUCCCAGAUUUUGACGAGCUCACAGUACGUUUUGAGCGACUUCGCAAGCGUCAAGAUCGUCAUGACGAGAACAAAGACUCGUUUACAUUCUAG